AUGAUGGCGGCUCUGGGAGUUGGCUCCGGCCAGCUCCUGCGACGCCAUGCCCUGGCCAACAUCCGCGGACGAUGCUCCAGAUGCGCAGACCAGCAUGUGACGACGCUCAUGCUGAGCUCCAAAUACCCUCUGCGAACGCCGAUUGCCACGCGAAACUUCUCGUCGCGAUCCGGCAGACGCCCCAGGUUCUCCCAGCGCCUGGGCGAGGCACUCCGGAACAGCAAGAUUACUUGGUAUCACAUCCCUGUUGGCGUGGGCAUCGGUUUUCUCGGUCUGGUGCAGUUCUACAAAGUCACUGCCAGGGAGCAGGAGAAGCGACGGCGGGAAGAGGGCGGUGUGCCUACAGAGCAGCCAAAAAGGCGUCAUAGGAUCCGACCCGACGGGCCAUGGCAAGUCCAAGUAAUGUCGACUUUGCCUCUCAAGGCCAUCUCGCGGCUUUGGGGCAAGUUCAACGAACUGACCAUCCCGUACUACCUGCGCGUGCCCGGAUUCAAGCUCUACUCCUUUAUAUUCGGCGUCAACCCUCGCAAAUUUCUAAUCUCAGUCCAAAGCCUUGAAGAGGUAUCCGAACCUGAUCUACACGCUUACCCAAACCUGGCUGCCUUCUUCUACCGCACGCUCAAACCGGGUGCGAGACCUCUCGAUCCCGACAGCCGCGCCUUGCUCUCCCCGGCGGACGGUAAAAUCCUGCAGUAUGGACGAAUAGAGGGCGGAGAUAUCGAGCAGGUCAAGGGGAUGACGUAUAGCGUCGAUGCGUUGCUGGGCAAGAACUCGCCCACCGCCAGCAUCGCCUCGGGCCAAAGCUCUGCAUCUGCCCAAAGCGGCGGCAGUGUAGCCCACGGAGACGAGGAAAUCGUCAAGCAGGAGGAGGAAUUUGCCAAGAUGAACGGCAUUUCCUACACGCUCCCUGACCUGCUGUCCGGCCAGCCCGACGCUCAGAAGCCUCACUCGGCAACGGACGAGUCGACCGAAGUCUCUGCCGGGGCCGUGUCCGAGGUCCGGGCCGAGCUAGCCCUCGGGGAAAAGCCCUGGUACGACAUCGUCUCCGCGGACAAGACCACCUCACUCUACUACGCCGUCAUCUACCUGGCUCCCGGCGACUACCACAGAUUCCACUCGCCGACAAACUGGGUCGUCGAGCGACGGCGCCACUUUGCCGGGGAGCUGUACAGCGUCUCGCCGUACCUGCAGCGGACACUUCCCGGCCUGUUUACCCUCAACGAGCGCGUGGUGCUGCUGGGCAGGUGGCGCUACGGCUUCUUCAGCUACGUGCCUGUCGGGGCGACAAAUGUCGGCUCCAUCAAGAUCAACUUUGACCGCGAGCUGCGAACAAACAGCCUGCUGACGGACACGGCUGCCGAUCACGCCGCCGAGGAGGCGGCCAAACGUGGCGAGCCGUACAUGGGCUAUGCCGAGGCCACGUACGAGGCGGCCAGCCCGAUCCUUCACGGCCACGCCCUCCGUCGAGGCGAGGAGAUGGGCGGGUUCCAGCUGGGCAGCACCAUCGUCUUGGUCUUCGAGGCCCCGUCUGAGAAGGCACAGGGGGGCAAGCCCAGCGGCGGCUGGCACUGGGCAGUGGAGAAGGGACAGAAGAUCAAGAUGGGACAAGCCCUUGGACGAGUUGUCGACGAGUAG